UGUUAACAGGGACAAUAGUUUUCACACCGGUAAACAUUUUGCUGCUAACAGUAACCAUGGUUUUCAUACACGGUACACAUUUUGCUGCUAACAGUAACCAUGGUUUUCAUACACGGUACACAUUUUGCUGCUAACAGUAACCAUGGUUUUCAUACACGGUACACAUUUUGCUGCUAGCAGUGACCAUGGUUUUCACAUCUUGAUGUUAACAGGGACAACAGUUUUCACACACGGUAAACAUUUUGCUGCUAACAAUGAUUAUAGUUUUUAAUGUUUUUUUGUUCACACUUUUGUUUCUCUCAAGAUUUCAUUUAACGUGUCUUUCCACAGAUAUUUAAAAUUAAUUCCAAAUGUGGAUCUUCAAGGUGCAGUGUACGUUUUUUAAAAGCAAGGUGGUGUGUAAUUCAGAUUGUUGUCUGUAUUCUUUAAUAACAGAUUCGAGCACCUUGCUGACCGUAUCUUACCCGUUAUUCAUAAAAUCAAUUACUUACGUCGUAGGAUAUAAGAAACUGACGAUCUGUUAACACACACACACACUGUAUGUCUUGUUUGAUUUUGUUAGUCCCUGGUUUACUAGCGAAAGUCAUAUUUUGUCCAACACUGCAGGGAACACGUCACUUAAAAAUACGAUACGCCAGAUUUACACACAGUAAAGGGAUGUGACAAGACGGCUGAUCUAAUAAUUGUCCCCCCUAGUAAGAUGCUGCACAUUAUAGGAACUAAUUACCAGUAACUUUUUACUUAUCUUACGUGGUAUGUCUCGCUGCAGCUUUACACAGAGGCGCCUAAUUUCCCUUUUGACAGUAUUCGUCUUGUUGUGCUUCUCAGUCACAUUGAUAGGUGAUGAUAGUAUUAUCUGUUGUCUUUAAGACAAAUUCUUGUGCAAAAGGCGGAACUUUUUAUCUAUAGCCAGUUUGUCUUCUCGCGACCCAUGCGGUUUCAUUUAUUUUCAGGCUUAAUACGCUUUUGUUUUCCUGAUUUGACAGUCGUGUAUGAGUUUUUUAUCACUGGAAAAUGAUAUCGAUAUUCAUACACUUAUGUCCGUUAAGCACGGGCGUGGCAUAGCACGAUUGACAUUUAUCUUACGGAACAAACCAGUGGGGCGGAGAACAGGGGUCAUUCCCACAAUGGUGUUCACUCUGCGAUCCCUGCUGGUGACGCAUUCGGUAAGAAGCAAGCUUUCUGCAGACAAGGCGGGACCUAAAGUAAAAAUCUCGCGAACAACCGACGCCGAGGCACACAAGCUGGCAAAAGCUCUUGUCGGGUGCGGAUGACCGGGUUUACAGUCAACAGGUUGCGUGGAGGGAGGCGUGGACCUAAUUAGGCCUACCGGUUUGCCUGCAAUACGUGUUUUUCGUGUGUGUUUUUUUAUCACAGACAUUUGUACCUUUAAGAAUUAUAAACUAUUAGUCUAAAGAGUCAACGACCUUUUUUUUUUUGAGCUUUAAUUCACAUUAUCGGACUCAAGGGAAAAUGUCUAAAUUUCGGGCCUCCGACAAGUAUGACCACACGACCAUGUCAGAGCCGACCACUCUUACUGUUCAAGCUGAGGUCACCGAACACGACCAAAUUGAUUCAGACAAUGACCACUCCGUGAUGGAUGCCGAAGAAACAGAAGACAGUGGACAGGAUUCGGGUAGCGAAAGUGGACGUUUUCCUCAGUCCAUUCGUGACGCUGUGAGUCGCGUUUUCCAAGGGUACCACUGGACACUUGUGCCGACCCCUGCCCGUCCAAGCAACUCAGACAAAAGGAAACCUCACGUGAAACGGCCGAUGAACGCCUUUAUGGUGUGGGCUCAGGCCGCUAGACGGAAGCUGGCUGACCAAUACCCACAUUUACAUAAUGCCGAACUCAGCAAGACCCUGGGUAAAUUGUGGAGAUUGCUUAGCGACGAAGAAAAACGGCCCUUCGUCGAGGAAGCCGAAAGACUGAGAGUCAUUCACAAGAAAGAACAUCCAGACUACAAAUAUCAACCCAGACGGCGGAAACCGAUGAAGGGCAUACAUGUUAACAACACUGGGGUGGUGGAGCCUGUGGCGGGAGUCCAGGGUGCCACAGUUAUGUUCAGGUCAAUGAAACCAGAAAAGGAGAGCCCCACCAGUAGUCGAAGUCCUACAGCUUCUAGUCCCCAGCAAACUCCUUCUCCUUCCUCCACUCAGGGACCACCCACUCCCCCCACUACACCAAAUCAAGGACAAACUGCUAUGGGAGGAAGAGGGAUAUCUGGAAAUCGACGAACCGUCGGUCUUCCAAAACAAGGUCAACAAGAAGGACAGCCAAUCGAUUUCAGCCACGUGGACGUAGGUCAGCUUUCGACUGAGGCCAUUGGUAAUUUUGAUGAGUCCGAACUCGAUCAAUAUCUUCCUCUUCAGAAUGGCUUACUUCCAUCAUUGAAGAGCAACCUAUCUAAUCUUAACUCUUCUACAGUAGGUGGUUCUAGCAAUACCUACAGCUCUACUUGGGUUCCUAAGUUUUUGCCAUCCAUAUUAGCAUCUUCUGUAAUGGAAGCUGGAAACUUUAGAGCUCAGCCUAACAUCCCCUCAAACAGUUUAAGUCAACAAGCAGUCGAUUCAACAUCUACAACUACUCCUGGUGCAUGCACCAAAGAAAGGGUUGCGACAUCGCUUCCAGGUUGUAACACCAUCAGAAACCGCCAUUCCGCCAGCACACAAGGGGGAUUUCUGUAUUCGGACAGCAGCAGUAACAGCAGUAGUGGGGGUCAAGAGGAUUCUGUCAAAUUCCAAGAACUCACUCCCGUUGUGAAACCAACUAACCGAACCUCCACUUCCAUCCUCAUGGGUAACGCUGUUGAACUCCAGAAUAUGAACACUCAUUCCAGCUUUGCAGAGAACAAUCCUUUUAAUACAUCGCACAAUGGUUAUGGCGGCAUUCCACCACUGGCUCCAAUAAACACUUCCAUGUACGGUUACUAUAGCAACGAACAAGAACCCAUGGUGUCCUCUUAUCAGUAUCCUUCUCCAUCUGGAGUCAAGUCCAAUUACAGAGGAAUGGGUAUCUCUGAGGAAAUGUGGUCAACCUAUGCUUGAAUAUAAGGCUCAUUUAAAGCUAUUCAAGAUGAUCUGCAGACAUUGCUGCCAAAGACAAAUGUUGUUUAUUAUUUUUUAAUCUGGUUCUGUUUUUCUACACCACUUAACCCAUUUCAGUUAAAACCAAACUCAAUGUUUAGCGAUUUUAUUGAUAUAAAAAUAAGCGUUAGUGGCGCCCUGAGGGUGAGGAGAAAUACUUGUCACGUGCGAAGUAUGGUUAACGUUAUGUGUGUAGAUAAACAUAUGUGCCUUAGGUAGUUUGGCUAGAUUGAACGGCGUUAUUAAUAUUAUUUGUGCAAUAAUUUUUUAUAAGUGGAUAUUAUAUAAUUUUUUUUUCUCUCUUGUCAAUGAGAUGUCUAUUAGAGACUAAGGUAGUAAAGUUUAUCCCAAGCGGUCAUUUUCUUAUCUACUCGUGUCUGUAUAUAGUCCAGAACUCUGUUCUUUCCUUUGCAUUAAGGUAUUCUCUUGUCUGCGUAAAGUCCAGAAUUCUAUGCUUUCUUUUCCAUUAAGGUAUUCACUCGAGUCUAUGUACAGUCCAGAAUUAUAUGCU